AUGUGUUUAGAUCACGAAGAGCCCUGUGGUCCCAGUCACAGGUCAUUUUGCCUGAAUGGAGGGAUUUGUUAUGUGGUACCUACUAUUCCCAGCCCAUUUUGUAGAUGCAUUGAAAAUUAUACAGGAGCUCGUUGUGAAGAAGUUUUUCUCCCAAGCUCCAGCAUCCAAACUAAAAGUGACCUGUUUGCAGCUUUUGUGGCAUUGACCCUUCUUCUAGGAACUCUUAUCAUUGGAGCCCUCUACUUCCUUUUCAGCCACCAUGUUGUGACAAGCCUAAACACCACGAAGAACCAGACUCAGCUGAGCUCCCAGACAACAGUCAAUGUCAACCACCAGCAGUUUGAGCUAUCUCAGACAAUCAACUCAGUUGAACCUUUAGUAGACUGA